AUGGAAACACCGUCAAAAGAGGAAAAGCGUGUUUUUAUUAAGUUUUGCGUUAAUCUUGGGAAAACGCCAACAGAAACUAAGCAACUUCUAGAACAGGCAAACAACGGACGUACUGUUAGUCGACCAUUGGUAUUUAGAUGGCAUAAAGAGUUUCGGGAUGGCAGAAAGUCAACAAAAGACAAGGAAAGGAGCGGUCGCCCAUCCGUCAUCGACGAUAAACUGACACUUGCAAGAAACGCGCUUCAGUGCGACUGUCGCAUAACAGUAAGAGAAGUUGCAGAAGUUUGUGAUGUAGGUACGGCAACUGCUCACAAAAUGUUAACUGAGACACUUGCAAUGUCUCGGGUUUCGGCCCGUUGGGUACCGAGAUUAUUGACGGCUGAUCAGGAAGACAACCGAGUAAAAGCAUCUCGACAGUUUCUACGUUCAUACCAGAGAGAAGGCGACGCGUUCUUAAACAGAAUUAUUACCACCGACGAGUCCUGGUUUUACUACUACGACCCAGAAACAAAGUCGCAGUCUUCAGUUUGGAAGCACACGUCGUCUCCACCCCCGAAGAAAGCACGUGUAACCUAA